AUGGACCACCUCAGGCAAAUGGCUGUUGACAUCCGCGAUCACCAUCAAACUCUGGCGGCGCUCGUCGACGAAGACAAGCAGCUCCGCGCCCAGCACAAGGACGACGUCAUGUAUGCCAUGUCGGUCGUGGCUGCGUGCUUUCUCCCAGGCACGUUUAUGACGGGCAUCUACGGGAUGAACUUUGAAAACAUUCCCGAGCUCAAGCUCGAGUACGGGUACUACGUGUGGUGGGCGGUGCUCUGUGUCAUCGUGGCCUUGCUCCUGGUCUAUCUCAAAGUCAUUAAAAAGUGGAUUUAG